GCAUCGCAGCUGCUCUGCCUUGUAUCGCCAACGAGGAGACCGCGCGACUUGGAAGAGACAACGCAGAGAUCGUGAGGUUAUAGAGUGGGAAUGAUACCCUGAAAGCUGCAAGCUGUUGAACCUAAUUAGAGGAAUGAUGCACCUUUGAGGUACGGCAGUAAAACCUGUCCGGCGACAUCCAUCAAUACCACGCCCGAGACUCAGACUCUAAUACAUAACCUUGCCAUUGACCAUCACCCCCACUGUAAAACUUCGCACUUGCUGCGAGAUGCAGGCCUCCACUUCAAGCAUGAACAGGGAGAAGGGCAAACGACGGAACACCACUCUGUCCUGUGCUGAAUGCAGACGAUUGAAGCUCAGAUGUUCGAGAGUCUUUCCAUGUGCUAGUUGCGUGAAGAAGGGCUGUGCUGCCAUCUGUCCGAACGAUUCUCUAACCACGGGCAAGGGUAACAGGUUUGUAUUGGCCAAUACAGAGGAGCUCCACGACAAAAUCUCGGUUCUGGCAAACCGGGUACGUCAACUCGAAGAUGCUCUACAGGAAGCACAUGCAACACGCACGAGUGAACCACAUCCACUCCUUACCACCGAAUUACUGCAAUUGAAGCGGCCGCUGGAGAGAGAAACAUCAGAAUCCUUGAGAGAGCCAGAUAUAGAUACCUCUGAAGCCAUCGACGCAGUUGGAUCGCUAUCUAUAAAUGAAUCUGGUCAGACGAAAUUCUUCGGCACCACGGCGAAUGCUUGGUAUCUGCUUCAAAACGAAGAGGGUCGAGAAGAUCAAGCGGAGGAUUCGCAGAUACCCUUACCUUCAGACGUACCAUGGCUUUAUCACACAUUUCCCUUUUCUGCGACGAAUAGUCAAAGCAUUAUCGAUGUACGAGAGUCUUUAUUAGCUUCCCUACCCGACGCGACAAAAGCCCGGCGCUUGACUAGGCUGUACUAUAGACAUGCAGCAUGGAUGUAUACCCCCAUUCCGGAGACCGAAUUCUAUCAAACUAUUUUCUCCCGUGUUUACGAGCAGCCGCCUUCAGCCGACGUGGAGAUCAUCGACUCCCACAGGCUUGCCGUCCUCUUUUUAGUUUUUGCUCUAGGCACCCUAUUAGAUCUGGAUCUACCAUCUCUGAACUCGGAAGCCACAACGUAUUACCAACUGGGUCGUGCGGCAUUGUCAUUGGAUUCCAUACUGGAAUCCCAAUCAAUUCCGGCAAUCCAAGCCUUGCUGCUGAUGAGUCACUACAUGUUCCUUUCAUUCAUAGAAGGGCCGCGCUGGGCUCUGAUGGGUCUUGCGGUCAAAAUAGCGCAAAGUGUUGGUCUCCACCGAGACAGUGAAAAAUGGAAACUCGAUCCGGAAGAGGCCUUCAGGCGUCGCUCACUUAUGUGGGAGUUGUAUACCUACGAUUCAUGGCAGAGCUUGACGUUUGGUCGGCCUCCAUCGUUUUCGAUGGCCUUCAUUGAUUGUCAAAUGGCGGAAGAUACGACCAAGAAUGCACAGGGCGAGAUGGAGAUGAGCUUUGCCGCCUGGAAACAUCGGUACGCAUCUCGCUGUCUCAGCAUCGUCCAUGAACAGGCUUUUGGUGCACGUUGCACGAAUUACAAGAUGAUCCAGGACCUCGACAAGAAAGUCCGCAACUUCUAUGUGCCACCUUCUUUACGCGUACCAGGCUUCGGCGGCAAGAUGGAUAUGAACGCCGCACCUCCAACCAUUGAAUUGACCAUGCAACGUCAUAUCGCGUUCACGAUCAGGGAGAUCACGAUGUUCUAUCUGCACCGAGGCUUCUUUGCCAAAGCGGUUGAAGACCAUCCCGAAGACCCGCUUGGAAGCAAAUAUGCGCCUUCAUUCUUGGCCGCCUACAGCAGUGCAUGUUCGUUCGUAGGUGUCGUCAAGAGCCUUUACUCGCAAUAUCCGGCACUCACCGAGCGCAUGUGGUUCCUUUUUACCCAUGUAUUCUCUUGUACCAUUGUGCUCGGGUCCAUAGCUACCAAGUGUCCGACCAUGGCUCUUGCACGGAGUGCCUUAUCUCACUUGGAGUCUGCCUGCAACCUAUUCGAGGAAGUGUCUUCGAACGCCCGCGCGGCGAGAGUGCUGCCCGUCCUGAGGAAGCUCAAGGCCAGAGCAAUCGCUGCCAUGUCCGAUCAACACUCUCCUGUCACUCCCAGUAACCGUCUAUCGCCCGACAACAUUUCUCCCAUCUCAAAAGAUGACGAUGAGUUCGCCGCACUGGAUGGUAGAACUCGGCUUGUUUCGCGGAAGUCGCCCUCUGUUGUCAAUACACCAUCACCCACAAUUGCAGGUCAUACUGUUAGUCCCGAUGAGACUGUACCGCCGCGAGUAUACCCAAUGACUACUCCUACACCGCCUAUGUCAGCGGUGGACAACAUGCCCCAGGCUUAUUGGCCAUCCACCAGUCAUCAUAACCACACCAGCCAGCACAACGGUCAGCAUCACCAGCAGGAGACGUACAACUAUGGCUAUCCUGUCAUGACUGAUCAGUGGAAUCCUGAAAUGGCUUACAGUCACAUGGACCCGUCAGCGAUGGCUAUGGAGGACCCAUCCGUGUACUACAAUAACGGUUAUGACCACACCAUGGCUACGGUGCAGCCAAAUGGCUAUGUGCCUGCUAGGUCCCCAGUGGGCCACUUUUCACAGGGAGUCAUGAUGCCAGGUCCUGAACCGGAUGCGUCAUGGAGGAGCCUUCUCGCACAGUUCAACCCGUAAUCCUUUACUGUUGUGAUUACGUUAUUGCUUGUUUUCUUUCAAUUGUAUCAUGGUAACUACUCUCGCCAGUCUCAUAGCUUUGAUUCUUGGAUCUACUGUAUGUAUAUUUGUUGUAUCUUGUCGUAGGAAUAGAAUAAAUACCAAUAAAAAGCGGGUAUCC